AUGCAUCCGCUCGCUUUGAAGCAGUAUCGAGAUCUGCGAGCCUCUGUCCUUGCAGCUGCACUCAAGCGUGAUGACCCUCUACGACGUUGCUUGCUCUCAGGGGCAGGUGGACAAUUCAAGGACAACUUCAAGCAGAGCGGGCAGUCGACGCUCGUGAUUUUGUGGGCUUAG